UUGUAUCUAUUUUGUUUGAAAGUGAGAAACGUCGUCUUGACAACGAAUUUAGUGGUUUUAUAUGGAAUAGUUGAUUGAUUUUUACUAUGAAUUUGCCAAAUUAUGGAUGAUCCCCACAAAUUAACAGCAGAAAACAAGAAAGUUCUUCCGGAUGUCGUGCAUUCUCAACAGAUUCCCUCUCUGGAAUCUGUCGCGUGCGAUGACACUCAGUCACCACAAAUUGACACAGGGCAGAAUGUAGCAGGGGGAAACCGUCCUCACGAUGUCGGUGACACUACUGACACCGAGUCUAUAUCGGAACACAUACCUUCCAAUGUGGAAGACAUUGCCAGUGACUCACUGAAUUUGCCUAAUGCCCAAGAAUCUCAAGGUUUGCUCAAUAUUGAUAUAAAUGUGGAAGGAGCCUCUACGGACCAUUCUUUGAACAUUCCUCCAGGUCAUACACCUAAUAGUGAACACUUUAGUCAACAAGAACCGAGUAGGCAAAGCACUUCUUGGCCACUUGAUGUAAAUGCUGUAUCAGAUAUGCAUCUCCUCAGUGAAGAGAGUCCAAUCAAUCUAGCACUAUCAUCAGAUUUGUCUAAAGAUGGUGUCACACAAGAAAACAAGUCAAAUUCUUCAGCACCAACACCUGGUCCGAGUGAACACUAUACACCCCAAGAAUCUCCUAAAAGUAAUGAAAAUCUAGACUCUUUAGAUGAACAAGAUAUAUCCAGUCAUAAAUCUGACUUGUCCAAAGAUGAACAAUCAAUAGACAAUACAGAUAAUUCUUUAGAAGUAAAUGAAGAAUCUCUGGGGAAGCAGAGCUCUGGAUCUGAGGAAAUAAUUAAGUUGGAUAUAAGAGGUCAAGGCGUACCAAAAUUCUCAUUACCAACCGCAAAAAUUAUAUUUGGUCCACCACCUGAAGGAGGAACAGUGAUUGGUCAGGAUACAGAGCAUUUACCAAUGUUUCCUAACUUAUUGUCACCAUUUCUAGUUGGUGCUGGUGAUAGUGUUAAAGUUGAAGAAGUGUUUGACUUCACUGAACAACAAUCGAAAGAAGCAUCACCAGACAAAUCCAUAGAUUUAUCAUUAGACAAAUCUCUUGACAAAUCACUUGAAUUGUCACCUGACAAACAAAGCUUAUCUAGUGACAAGAUAGACCAAAAUGAUUUGUUAGUUGAGGAAUUAUUUAUAGAUAAUGAUAUUAAAGAAAAAGGUGAGAAAGAUGAUGAAGCCUCAAUGACACCACAGCAUAAAUCUAUACCACCGGAAGAUAUGUCACUCAGUACACUAACAACAGACUACAAAACAAUAUGUGAAGAAUAUCAUGAGAAGCUUGUGCACUUGGAAGACGCUAUCACGCAUCGUGACGAAUUAAUCGAAGAACUGACAAUCUCAUUACAGCGGUCUGUUCGAGAACGUGACGACCUGAGACAUGAGAAUGUUCACCUCACUAACGAGGUGCAGAAUUUACAGCAUAUCGUUGGAGAAAUGUCGAACUCCGAGCACGACACUGUCAAGGGGCAGCUGUCAGACUUUAUGAAGUACCAGAGUAUGGUUAAGGAUGACAGCACCAAGUUUUAUUCAGCUCUGAUGAGCGGGGGUUCCUCUCUGCAAAGUUCUAACGGCGAGAAGGAUAUGGAUAGAGAAGAGAUCACAGUUAACUAUUCAAGAUCUGACUUGAAAUCUUCUGGUUCCUCAGAAGACUUUCAAACUGGAUUCGAAACCAAACUAACGACGAUAAUAAACAAGUUUGACGACUAUAUAGAAGAGAAUUUGAGGAAUAAACUUCGCGAGAGCAUGAUACAAGUAUUAUGCGACGAAAUCGGUAAAAUUAGGAUAGAAUCUGAUACAGAAAUUAAGGAUUUAGAAGCGCAAAUACAACAAGACAAACAAUCAUAUAAUGUAGAGACACGACGACUUAGAGAACUGCUAGCGUCUGUUAAGGCAGGAAACGCUGAUAUAGACGCUUUAAGACAGGAACUUAGCUUGAAACAUGAGAAAGAGAUGGAGAAUUUAAGGACAUAUUUUGAGAAAAAAUGCACUGAUAUGGAGAGGAGUUACUCGGAGGAGGUGUGGCGCGGGCGGGAGUGCGCGUCACCGGCGUCCUCGUCGUCGGAGGCGGGCGGCGACCACGCGCGGAGACGCACACGCAGCGCUGAGUUCCCGUCGCUCUCGUUCGAGUCGACACCGUUGGAACAAGGUCUGAAGCAAAUGUGCAAAAAGUAUGAACAGCAAAUCGAGGAGCUGAAGGCGGAGCACGUGGCGUAUGUUCAAGACAUACAGGCGCGGCAUGCUGAAACUGUAUCUUCUUUAGAUGACCAGAUCACAAAACUCAAACUCAAGGCGCACAUACUGACAUCAGAGAAUACUGACGCCAACGUAUCAGUUUACCAGCAAGACAUUGACUUGGAAUUGGAGAAGAAGAGGGAAGUGCAGCUCGAACAGAGGAUAGAAGAAGUACGCCAAGAGGUUAUCCAGCAGCUACAAGAACAGCUACAGGUAUUGCUGUCGGAUCCCGACGCGGAGGUGUCGAGCUGGCCGGUGGAGCUGGUCGCCCUCCGUGACAAGAUACACGGCGAUGCCAAAGUCCAGCAGGAAAAGGAGUUGUCAAGUCUACGCGACGAGGUGUCAGGCGGCGAGGGUAAAUGGAAACAGCGGCGCAACCACAGCUUCGACCAGAACAGGCACCUCGAGGAGGUCACCAAGGAAAGGGAUGGCCUGAAGCGCGUGGCAGUGAGCCUGCACCGCGUGGUGGGCCAGCUGGUGGCGUACUGCGCCAGCGCGGAGGACGAGCUCAACCGCACCGUCCUCGCCAGUUUGCUGCACCGCCUCACUGAUGCUGACGAAGGAGAUGAGGAGUCCCGGCCGUCGACGCCGAAUAUCUCCACGGACCUCAACACUAGCAACCUGGUACCCCGCGGGAAGCACGUGCACUUCGCACCCGACCUGAACUCGAUCCUAUCGGAACUGGAGGAGGACGGCGUGCUUGGCUUCCUGCAGCAGCAGCGCGAUCUCAGCGCGGACAUACGUCUCGAGCUGGAGCACUCCCUCACCAGGCUCAGGGUGGAGGCGCAGGAACUGCUCGAUCUGUCCGCCAAGCUCACCAAGGGUCGCAAUGACUCGAAGAUGCUGGAAUCAAGUCAAGUGCAGAUAACUGAACUGGUGCAGGAGUUGGACGCGCAGCAGCGAUGCGACAACUGCGAAAUGCACAGAAAGACGAUGGAAGAAGCCAUGUCGGAGUGCCUCCAACGAGAGAAUCUCCUCAGAUCGGACUUGGAGGCAGCUAUGAUGAAGAUCGCUCAUCUUAUGACUGUGGCGGAUGGUGUGAACUCCACUGACCUCAUUGCAGAGGGGUACGGCACUGGCCAGCUGCAGCCGGGGUCGCUGGGCCCCCGCGCUCGGCCUCCGCCCGACCGCGGGGCGCCGCCCCCCACGCCGCCGCCCCCGUCGCCCCCCUCACCCGCCUCCACACCCUCGCCCGCAGCACGACUCGCCAAAGACCUGGAUCUCCUGCAGCGCGAGAGGGACGAUCUACAUCAACAGCUGGAAGCGGCCAACCGUCAACUGCGCUCCACGCGACAAUUCGUCGAAGAGCAAGCGACAGAACGCGAGGCUGAACGGGACGAGUUCGCGAAACGUCUCGCUGACCUGCGCGACGAGAACUCCAGACUGGCGACACGUUUGCAGAACAACGCCAGAAUUAUUAACGAGAUGCAGCACCGGCAUGCUCGCGGCCGCGCCCACCAUCACCACGUCGAGCAACUUGAAACCCAGACCCGUGAGAUGAACCAAAUCAUAAACGAUUUAGAAACAAAGAAAGCUGCUUCUGAUGAAGAACUUAAAGCUACAGAGGAAAAGAUUACUCUGCUCAGAGAUAUAAUAGGAAACCUCGAGAAUCAGCUGGAACAGAAGACUGCGCACGAAGCGGAGAUAUUGCAGCAGUUGGAGGAAAUGAGAAAGACGAUAGACGAGAGGGACGGCAGGCUGAGGUCCCUACUGGGGGAGCUGGAGUCGAUGAAAACAGAGAAAGCGGAUCAGACUGAAGUCACGUGUGUACAAUGUGGACAGGAGGAAGAUAGAUAUGCGGAACUGCUGGAGAAGGUUCAAGAGCAGUGUCGGUGGCUGGAGGAGAAGAUCGACCGGCGCACGGAGCAGGUGGAGCGCGCGCACGAGGUGUGCUCGGCGCCCUGCAGCGAGCCCAGCGAGGACGUCUCGCUGCGAGACCGGCGCCGCCCGCCCGCACGACGCGAGGUACAGUGUGGGGGGAGGGGGGCCGGGGGCAGGGGGGCGGGGGAGGUCGACCGGCGCACGGAGCAGGUGGAGCGCGCGCACGAGGUGUGCUCGGCGCCCUGCAGCGAGCCCAGCGAGGACGUCUCGCUGCGAGACCGGCGCCGCCCGCCCGCACGACGCGAGGUACAGUGUGGGGGGAGGGGGGCCGGGGGCGGGGGGACAGGGGGGCGGGGGGAGGUCGACCGGCGCACGGAGCAGGUGGAGCGCGCGCACGAGGUGUGCUCGGCGCCCUGCAGCGAGCCCAGCGAGGACGUCUCGCUGCGAGACCGGCGCCGCCCGCCCGCACGACGCGAGGUACAGUGUGGGGGGAGGGGGGCCGGGGGCAGGGGGACAGGGGGGCGGGGGGAGGUCGACCGGCGCACGGAGCAGGUGGAGCGCGCGCACGAGUGUUCGUCCCCGGAGACGUCCGAGUUGGCGUGUUCGCCCGUGGCCCCGGGCGGCCCGCAGCCGCUGCAGCGCGUGCAGGAGGCGCUGUCAGCGCUGUGCCGCGCGCAGGACACCGCUCUCAAGCGCAUCGCGGACCUCGACAUGCAGCGCGCGCAGCUCAAGGAUGUCGCGCAGACAGCUGUCCCAGCAUCCAGUCAGUCUCUCCCGAUGCUUCACAGCGUGUUAUGCUGCCGCAAGGUCUGCGUCGCGUCACCCAUCAAAACACCAUACAUCGCACCGCUCUCUAGUGCAUGA